UCGCCUGUGGGCCCGGCGGAUGAAGCCGCUUUUCUCCUUCCGGGCCGCUCGCUAUGGUCGGCGGGUUGGGGCGGAGACCAGAUGGCGGCGGGGUGGCUGUGGCGGCGGCUCUUUCAGGGAUCAGCUUUUCCUGCCAAUUAUGCAAGCAGAAUUAUGCAAAAGCAGUGUUUUCUUCCAAACUCCAACUUGAUGGGAGUACGGCUGGCUGGAUCCCAUGUUGAUACACAGGAGGUUAAGACUAAUCCUUUGGUAUCUAUUUCAGAUGAACCAGAAACACUGUACAAGAGAUUGUCCCUUUUAGUUAAAGGCCACGAUAAAGCUGUGUUGGACAGCUAUGAAUAUUUUGCAGUGCUUGCAGCUAAAGAACUUGGCAUCUCUGUUGAAAAAGUACAUAAACCUCCAAAGAAGAUAGAACGAUUGACACUUUUAAAAUCUGUACACAUUUACAAGAAGCACAGAGUUCAGUAUGAAAUGAGAACACAUUACAUGUGUUUGGAGUUAAAAUACCUAACAAGUAGUACUGCUGCAGUUUACUUGGAGUACGUUCAACGGAACUUACCUGAAGGGGUUGCCAUGGAAGUAAAAAAGACUAAGAUAGAGAAAAUACCUGAACACAUUCAGGAACCAGUUUGGGAUACACUACCUCAAGUAGAAGAAACUGAAGUCAAGUCAUGAACUCACUCAGGGAGCACUGGAAAUACAGCAAGUCCAAGGGAAGGUCAUUCACCCAGGAAGCUGUGAUAUGAGAAGAUUUUGCUCUUUGUGUAAUACAAAGCUGUAGUUACAACUGCUUCAAGUCUGCUAUUGUCUUAAAUCAAACUGCACUGAAACAGGCAGAGUCUAGUACUUGUCCCUUCAAAUUAGAAAUUUGGAAAUAGAACCUCCCAUACUGAUCAUGGCUUUCCCCAGCAAGCACCAUUAGGAAAUGCCACCCUUUCUCGUUUCCACACUUCUGCAGCCACAAAAAUAGCACAACUGUCUUUAAAAAAUAUCUUUCCUGUCAUAAAAGUUAGGGAGAUUUCUUGCUCCUAUUUAAAACAUUUCAUCCUCAGGUUUCCCUCUGACUAGUUUGCUGUGGUCUUCUCAAGUUCAGGGGUUUUUUUCCACUAAAAACUAGUAUUCACUUGUUGUCCAUUUGUGUGGUAAAAAGUGGAAGUUACACUUCUGACAGUCAUUCAUAAGUCAACCAUGAUAAAUCACAAAGGCCCUCAGAGGAUCUGAAUGUAUGACAGCGUAUCUGUGCACCAGGGAAUGGGCGUACCUCUAUACUCAGUACCUCAACUGGCCCAGUUUCUUUAAGAUAGAGGAAUCAGAGAGGUAUUUCAUUUACAGUAAAAAUAUGGAAAAAAAAAAAACAAAACCAAAACCAACCCAUUUAAUAAAAGCAAUUUAUUUGUUUGGGUAGGUGCACACAGUGCAUGUAAUGUUUCUCUUCUAUAACAUUUUUCUACAUACUUUUGUACAGUAAGAGGACAGCAUUAUGGGAUUUGGGGUUUUGCGUCCCUCUGAAGAAGAAGUUACUGUCUCACUGUUCAAUCCAAAAUUCCUAGUUCUCGUAACAAAAAGUACCUUGCUUUGGAAAUGCUAUUUAUUGAAUUACAAGAAAUGUGAUUAAUAAAAAGGCCAUGUUUUC